CGUUCCUUUCAGAUUGUGGGCAUAUGUGGGCUUAUAUGUGUGGAGUCUACAAGUUACUGCUUCUACGCCUAUGAGAGUAGGUACAAGUUCUGUGAGUUUGUGUUUACAACGUCGUUUAUCUUCGCCCUUAUCAUAUUAGUCAUAUUUGUGCUUCAGUUCCAAGAGACGUUGGCCAAAUGUAUGAAUGUCCCUCUAACGCUCCUGAUAAACGACUGUGUCACCGCUCUAUUCUACCCGAUAGCAGCUAUCUUGGCCUUCGCCGCUUAUUGUCACUACUCGCCGUACAAUGCAGCAACAAAGGCAGCAGGGGUGUUUGGCCUUCUUGGACUUCUCUGCUUCGGUGCCUCAGCCUAUCUCUCCUACUUGGUCUUCCGAGAUAGAGUUCCUCCGGGAUCGACUGGCACCACUACUGUUACGACAGUAACAGUAAAAUAAACGUUUUUAGCCUUUCGUCAACACAGUAAUAAACACCUGCGGGAUGCCAAAUAGAAUUAAGUUUGUUUGUCAAUUAAGAAUUUGAAUUGAUCAAGGAAAGACAAAAAGGAUAAGUUCACUGCCAACGUAAUUGUUUGUUAGACGCAUAAAUUGCGAGACCAAUUCAUUCAUACUAAGAAAGGAACGUUGGGAACCAACGUAUUCUUCACAUAUAAUAAUCCUUUAUAAACCUGUCACAUAAGGGACGUUUCCAUCACUUUUCAUCUGGUUAUCUACCAGUCAUAUGCUAACCAUGCCUUAAUUGAGUAAUUAAAAACUAAUUUAUAUCCUCCUUAUGAAACUGCUUGGAAAAGGAAGAAGCGGAGAUGUUAAUAGUAUUUCUAAUUAAAAUUUCUACUUCAAUAAAUUUCUAAGCAGCUGUUCAAAAUUCCAAUCGUCCCAAAACAUAGUCACGUAAUACGUGUGUUUAUAUUACACCCGGUAAUGUUUUAGGCUUUAUUAUACCUAUUGUUUUAAUUUAUCAAGAAAGCCUAACAUAAUAUCUUUAAUUUCAGUUUACAAUAUUAUAUUGGUAUAAUAGUAUUCCAAAUGAAGAAUUGAUAUUAUAAGUACAAUCUUUUUUUUUUUACCAUAGUUUGAGAAACAUGUACAUCACAGAAGGUUUAUUAGAAAACCUGUCUUUCUAAAGACCUAUUUGUAAUUGUUGUAGUGGUGUAAGCUUAUACGCGUUUAUUACAGAUAUCUAAGUAAUUUUUCUUCUGAACAAAUCCUUCAUUUUGUUUUUACUUAUGAGUUAAAGGUCAGUGCAGCCUACAUUUUGGUUGCUCUAUUUAAGUUCAAGUGCGUUUAGCAGUUUUAACCUAUUACUUUUGACUUCUUGAAAUGGAAUACGAUGAGCCACUGCAGCUUAAUAUAUUUUUCAAAGAAUAAUUUUAAAAUCAAAAACAUUAUUAUUUUGAGCUGAGAAAUCCCUCAACCAUAAAAGCUGUCACUAUCUAAAACUAAAUUGGACGUUCACUUCCUAUCACUCAGGCAACAAAAAUUCACUUCAGCCUAUCGUACAAUAUUAACUUUGAAAAUGGGAGUUUCUUCAUAAUCGUGGCUAAACAUUACUAACUUUUCGUGGAUCCUUUCUUUACAUUAGAUCAUUCCUAGAAAAAUAAAUAUACCUUUACAGAAUAAUCAAUAUUGGGUCAUGUUGAACUUAUUCUCCCUCCCCUUUAAUUAUUAUUUCGGUACCUCAGUAAUCAUGCGAUGUUCAGCGUAAUAAAACUUCCUGUUAUUGUACUGGUUUAUUACUGCGUGUGUUUAUAUAGAUAGUAGACUGUGGUAUACGUAAAAGUUAGCAGCGUUUUUAUACAUUAUUUAAAACUAAAACCAAUUUUCUGUGUACUUUUUUUUAGAAAAAGAUACAUUAGCCAAGAUUUAUUUCACAAGCCUUUCGCAAUCCGAUGUUUGGAGUUUGAUUAGAACCUUUUUUUCCAGUUUAUGUUAUAUUUAUCUUAAACAUGAAUAUUUUUCAGUACAGUUUUAUGUUACUUUAACGAUAUCUUUCACACGGUUAGACACGUUCAUCUAUUGUUGUUCGUCUAACACGAAUUGAGGGAAAUCUGUUUUAUUAUUUUCUGUUGUUUAUUUACAUAGUGACAAGGCUCCUAAUGAGGAUAGUGUUACACUGAAAGUAAUGAUCUGAUUAAAAUUAUGUUGAUAUAUAUAUCCGCUAUUUAUAUUUCAUGCUUUAUUUAAAACUCAAGAAUAUAUAUAUAUAUACACACACUAAUAGAACAGUAUUAGGACAGAGGUGUAUUUAAGCUGGAGAAUAAAAUCAGUUCAAUUCUAAGA